CGUAUGAAUCUGCUGCUGAUGGUGUGACUGAUGCCGAGGCUUCAGGUCAACGUGACUUCGAUUUGGCCAACGCUCUCGAUGACCUCAAACCCAAGAAACCAAACUCGGGAAAACUCCCCCAGCGGAACCUGCCCCGUCCACCCAGGCCUGGCAUGGUGGUCAACAGUGGAGGUAACAACCCCGUGCUGAGGCCCCAGAAUCUGCCCAAGCCAGGCAUAGCUGUCAACAGUGGAGGUAACAACCCCAUGCUGAAGCCUCAGUAUCGGCCCAAGCCUGGCAUGACUCUCAACAGUGGAGGAAACAACCCCAUGCUGAGGCCCCAGAAUCCGCCCCAGCCGGGCAUGGCUGUUAACAGUGGAGUUAACAACCCCGUGCUGAGACUCCAGAAUCCGCCCCAGCCAGGCAUGGCCGUCAACAGUGGAGGUAUCUACCCCAAGCCAAGGAAUGCCUAUCUGCCUUCAACGAGCAAGCCCAUCAACCAUGGAAGUAACAUCCCCAUGCUGAGGCCCCCAUAUCCGCCCAUGCUGGACAUGCCUGUCAAGAGUGCAGGCACAAGGCCCGGGAGCAGACUCAAGCCACUGUGGCCGAGGAGCAGACUCAAGCCACUGUGGCCUGGGAGCAGACUCAAGCCGCCGUGGCCCGGGAGCAGACUCAAGCCGCUGUGGCCCGGGACCAGACUCAAGCUGCCGAGGCCUGGGAGCAGACUCAAGCCGCCGAGGCCCGGGAUCAGACUCAGGCCGCCGAGGCCCGGGAGCACGACCCCGGCGAAGGACAAGGACAUUCAUGUUCCAGGUAAGUGCCCUGCAACAUCUCAGUGAGCGCUAGGGACACAGACCCUGGAGGGUGCAAUGUCGAUGCACCGCCAAAGGAUCCGAGGGGCUCCCAGCGCUCCAGUUGGAUGCCCAGCUGCGGGGGACCAACCCACGCACCACAGUCGAAAGGUCCCGAGUAGGGGGUUGGUGUCGGCGCAGUAUCUCUAGAGAAGAAGAUGAACAAGAUGGACAAGACAGACAAGACAGAUGAGACAGACAAAGUGGAUGGUGGUCGCUAAGGCCACACUUUAUUAAGAUCACCAGGGUCUUAUAUACCAUGGGUGAUUACAUCGUUUCUUUAAUGGUUACAUAGU